AACAAGUCGUUUCGUGGGUCGUGGGUCGUGUAAAUAUUGUAAGAACUUUUUCAAAAUAUAUACACCAAUGUUGCCUAAAGCCAGCGAUUAAAAACCACACACACAAAAGUAAUUAAAUGCUUAUAAAUGAAGAACUGUGCGAUAAAUAAGAGAAAACCCCAAUAUCAUCAAUGCCAAAUGUAACAACGAAGAAAAUUGCAAAAACGCCGCCGCCUUGGAGAACCUGAUACAAAAUCAAAAACAACAAAUUAAUUAAAAUAUAUCUAAGGAAAUCAAAAAAUACGUUGCGUACCUUACAACAAAAAGGAAGAGAGAAAGAGCGAAAUUUAAACGAAAUUAUUUAUUUUUUUUUUGUUUUUUUGGUUUAUUUCAUUUCGUUUUGCAUCGAUAAAAACGUGUUUGUUUUGCGUGCAACACUUUUUUCCAACGUGCGAAAAAAGCAUUGCAACGUUCGAAACAACACGUCGAUAAGUAACGGCCGCAAAAAUUCCCAAAUCCGGGGCAACUAGCAAACUGCAGCGCCUCAAAGCCAAAGCAGCUGCAAGUCAACGCUACGGCGGCAAUUAUCGCAAGUCCGGCAACACAGGCAGCAGCAACGGAGGUGGCGGCGGCGGCGGCGGUGGCAGCAGCGGGGGCGGUGGCGACAUAGCGUCAACAACAUUUACAACAACAAGCGGCUACAAUUAUCAACGCGGUGGCGCUGCGGAGGAGCGUAGCUUUGCUGCAACAGCGGCGACGUCGGCGUUGGCGUUGGCGUCAGCCGCAGCCUCCGAAACAGUUGGUGAAAAGUCAUAUCAUUACAACAACAACAACAACAGUAGCAGCAGCAACAACAACAACAACAACAACAAUUAUCAACAAAAGUCAAACUACACCAGUGCCAAUUACAAUAAUCAGACCCAAACAAACCACCUGCCUUAUCACCAGCAUACAGCAUACAACAGCAACGGGAACGGGAACAGCAGUAGCAACAUUAGCGGGAGCGGGAGCGGGAGCAGCAACGGGGCAACGAUGAUGAUGACCAAACAAAAGUCAACGCUCAACGAGCGCCUCAACAUUGGGGAUGAGGUGCGCGAGCUGAAACUGGGCGCCACAUUCAAUCCGAAAAACACAUCGACCGCAUUUCACACAAUCAAAUAUGACUUUAAGCCAGCGAGUGUGGAUACCAGUCGAAUGGCAACUGUCGAUGUUGGCUCCAAUAAUCAAGUUACUGUUACCGUGCCAAAUUUAGAAAGUUCCGGUGUGCCUCAUACAGUUUAUAAGGGUAAUCACAAAAAAUAUACAAAAGAAUGCUUAAUAAUUUUCGACAAGGAAACGGGUGCUAUCACAAUAGAGAAGCUAAAUCACAAUAUACAAGUCAAGAAGACAAGAAGCGAAAUGUCAAACAAGCCAAGCUUGAUGCCAGCUACAAAUGUGCCCUCCGCUUUCCCCAAUGGUAGUGGACCCGGACCCGGAUCCGGCUCUGGCUCUUUGCCCGUGCCCUCCUCGGGUCCUCGACCCACGCCGGAGAACAGCACCAUGCGCAUAACAUCCAAGACGAAAGUGUCCACAGGCAGUCGACGGAACAACAUAAUUGAUUACAAGCCCCGCAAUUCGCCCAUGCAGCAGAGCUCACCAUCGCGUCCAGUUGCCUCGCAUCGUAGUCCACAAUCAGCACCAGCCUGGCAUGCCAACAAUGCGCAACAAACAUUGCCAAGCAUCCCCAUGCUGUUGGACGAUGAUGACUUUGGUCUUGGAGCAGCCAUGCAUAAUGGCGGUCAGGCGAAUAUCUCGGGCUCCUCGACGGGUUCCUCGGUUGGCCAGCCGGAUUAUGCGUCAUCACACGGGCACAUGGGCAAACAGCGACAGGCGCCGUUGCAAAAUCAUGCCAAGCGUCAGCAGCUGACUCAACGCUCCAGUCCACCCAUGCAGCAUUUGCAGCAGCAGCAACGGCACGAGCAACAGCAACAACAACACCACCAGCAGCAGCAACAACAUCAGCAGCAGCAGAAUUAUGGUCGUGGCAACAGCAACAGCAACAACUACGCACAACAACAGCAGCUGCAGCAACAGCGACCAUCGUUUAGCAACCAUAACAGCAAUAGCAUGCCCCUGGAUCUGGACUCGCCUAGCCAUCAUGAUCUGUCCUCACAGUCCGUUGCGCAAGCGGCUGCCGCGUUGGAACAGGAAAUGGCCUCCAGUUCGAGUUCUGAUUCGGAUUCGAGUGACAGCGACAGUGGCAGCGAUUCGGAUGACAGCAGUGUUCAGGAUCAACCUCAGUCACAGCAUCAUCAACAUCAAAUGCAACAUCAGCAGCAGCAGCACCACAAUCAACAUCAUCAGCAGCAACAUUUGAAUCAGCUGCCCAAUUUGGGACUGGGUUCGAUAUCGCCUGCUUAUAACAACCAUCAUCAGCAACAGCAAUCGCAUCAUCAUCACCAGCAGCAACAACAACAACAACACCAACAACAGAUGCAGCAGUCUGGCAUUUAUGCAUCCAACAAUGGAUUCCCCAAUGAUUUGCUACAAAACGAUCUGCAAUUGUCCUCAAAUUCGUCCGAUGAUGAUGACGAUUAGCCGUUUUUAAUUCUCUUAACGUGUUUAGCUGUAAUUAUAUAACACACAAACAACAACAAAAACUGGAAAACUAGACGGAGAACAACCAAUAAAUGUAAAAACAAAACCUAAUAACAAGAAACAGCAAAACUGAAAAUACACCUUUUAUCGAUAUUGAUUCUCUCUGCGUUUAAUUAAGUUGAAAUUAUUAAAUGGUGAAUUUAAUUGCUAGUGAAAUUUUUAUAAAUAAAUUAUUAGUUCUAUGCAUUCAAAACAAAAAACAUACAAUCAUAACAUAUAAUCUAUUAAAUAAUAAUUUUUAACAUUAUCUAUAAAACUUCAAUUACACAAGAUACAAAAAGAAAACAACGUGCUGCAUCAAAAACUACAAAGAAAAAAACGUUAACGAAUGUAAUUGUAAUUGUAAAAACAAGACAACAAAAAAAAAAACAAAAACAAAGAA